AAAAAUUGUCCCUUUUAAAUUUUGUUUUUAAUAAUAUAAAUUUUGCCACAAUUAUAGCUUUAGUUACACAUAUAAGUGUAAAAUGUCGCAGCAGUUAAUAAAUGAGAAUAGUAAAUAUGUAUUGGAUUUAUUUUCGGAACAGACUGUCGACUCACAAAGCUUGGAUUCUAUAUGUGUCCAAGUACAAAAACGGUUUCCAAAAUCUGAGCAUUUCAAUCUAUGCCUGAUAAUGUCAUCGCUUAUAACUGGUGGAGACCUCUCCCUUCCUGGGCAACGUGUGGUCGCCCUAGCACUCUUAUAUGACAUAUAUAAGGUGGACAACCCAUUCAGCGUUUUGUUCCUGCACUUAUUGGAAGGGAAGUCAGGUUUACAAUCACUGGCACCACAGGAGAGACUGUUCAUCGGUCAAGUUCUUGGAUUUAUACCGGUCAAUAUUAAGGAUGUGAUGAAGAAAUCAGCAAAACAAGUGAUGCUAACAGAAGUUAUAGCUAAAGAGCUGGACUUCGAUUACUCACCGCUGCAAGCGUUGGUGGCUGAACGGGCCACUGAGAUGAGCUCGAUGGCGCGAGCAACUGCACCCGCCCUCAUACCUCUCAGUGAUGGGACUUUACCUAACCGCAUGGCAAUGAAGGAGCUUCUGGAAGCGCUGAUGUCCAACGAGUACACUCCGCUGCACCGCACCCUGAAGGCGGCAGGACCCAUCCCGCCGCCAGUCUUCCUUCUCGACACCAACGAUAUACCCUUCGCUGAUGAGGCAGUAUGGAAGAACUUAGUGAAUCGAGGCACAUACAUACCCAUGUACGAUACAGACUGCGAGGGACUCCUGGGAGUGAAGGUAGAGCGAGCAGAAAAACGGACUCAAGCACAACCCCAACACAAGAAUAAGCAAGAGGAGAAGAAAGAGAAACAAGAAGAGAAGAAACCAGAAGAGAAGGAGCCAGUUAACAUUACGAAUGAGGCAAAGGAACUAACGCAGUUGGCGUUAAAGAACCCGCUCAGUGUACCGCAACAGCAGAAACUGUUAGCGUUACUGGAUCAGGACCCUAAAGUUGUUUAUGAUAUUGGAGUUACUCCCGCUCAGUUGCCAGAGUUGGUGGAGAACAAUCCGAUGGUGGCGAUCUCUGUGCUGCUGAAGCUGAUCCACUCGCAGCACAUCACCGAGUACUUCAGCGUCCUCGUCAACAUGGAGAUGUCUCUACACUCCAUGGAGGUGGUCAACAGGCUAACGACGACUGUGGAUCUGCCUGUAGACUUCGUGCAUCUAUACAUAAGCAACUGCAUCUCAACGUGCGAGACCAUCCGGGACAGAUAUAUGCAGAACCGGCUCGUGAGACUAGUAUGCGUGUUCCUGCAGUCGCUCAUUAGAAAUAAGAUCAUUAACGUCAAGGAGCUGUUCAUUGAAGUGGAGGCGUUCUGCAUCGAGUUUAGUCGCAUCAGAGAAGCUGCCGCUCUGUUCAGGCUGCUCAAACAGCUCGACUCCGGAGAUGGAAUGGCUCACAAGGAUGUUAAGGAGAACUGAAGAUUCCUAAACCGUAUUCGGUGUGAUUUCAACGGCCUGAGCUGUUAGUGGUACAUGAAUAAUGUGUGGUAGACUGUAAAAUUUAUAGUACCUCAGUCUCACCUAUAUCAGCCAAGCAGCUUGCUAUGUAAGCUGUUUCGGUUGUAGGGUGUAGAUUAGGCAGUGAUAUUACAGGAUAAGAAUAACAUUGUUGCUCUUGAAUGGCAACAUAUUAGUGGUAUCAUCAGAUUAUAGCAUAAGAAAAGGUUUGGAGUGCCAUCUGCACUCGCCUCCUAUCGUCCAGUGAAGUUGUAAAGGCCAGCUGCGGCCAACAGCACUAGAGUAGUCCGAAAAAAAUAUUAUCUCACUUCAUAGUAAUUGAAAAAUGUCGCCUUAUUUGCCAUUCCAAAUGCGUAAAAAAGAAGAGUCAGCAACUAUACUUAGAGUCUGACUGACUGGUCAUCCCCACCCCCCUAGGAAGGUUGGGACCUCGGGGCCCCUAGACUCUGAGGACAACAAUCUCCGGGUGACUGGAAUGAAGCCUCUUAG